AGAGAGAAAAAAGAACACAUGCGCGAACAUAUUUGAACACAAGAGAAACAUGUUUAAACGCGUAUGCAUAUUGUCGGUAAUCUCCAAGCGCACAUCGUUUACUUUGCUCUUCUAUCAUGUCCACUCUCUGUGCCCCGUUCAAACGUUUGUGCAGUUUUUUUUUUUAUGCGAAGCAUAUUACGACAUCUCAACCCAGCUCCUCAGGCGCGGCGGUGUCGCCUUCAAUACCACGUGACACCGUGACGUCACGACAGAGGAGAAACGGGGCUCCAACUCGCGCCAUCGCUCGCGGCGUCGCGGCGGUAUAUAAGCAGCUGCGCUUGUUUCUAGGUGGCUUUCGCUCAACUCUUGCAAGGUGGGCUGGGUGGGAAUCGAACCAGGGUCUCCAGAGUGUGAGACGGAGACGCUACCACUGAGCCACGAGUAUGAUGCUUCAAAGCGGUACAAAAGCGCCUCUAGUGAAUGCGGUGUUGCCUUAGAAACUAGCUGUUUCUAAGGCUCAGGCGUGCGUCGCUUGCUCAGGUGCACAUUUCGUUGCCGCGCCGAACGCUGCGUUGCUCGACGCUUACCGCGUCCAAUGCGGGGCGCGUAGUCGCUGCGCCGUAGCCCAUUGUCUUACACCCCUUGGCGGGUCGACGGGAACGCUGUCGCGUUCCACUCUUGAAGGCGAAGCAGAGUAACGCAUGAGUUGUUUCUUCGUCUAGCCGAACCAAAUAUAGCCAAGCAACAGCUGUUCACCAGGCUAAACAGUGGUUCAACAACUAAAAUAAAGGCUAGUAUGCUUCGCAUCCUGGGCUUAACCUUAGCUAAGCCACAGCCUUUUUUCAACGUUGUCGACAAACCAACUCGCCCAGCUUCCCUUCUUGCGUUCCCAACGUGUUCAAGCCGCGGUUGCGCCCGUCCGCCUCCGGUUCUCGCAGAGUACUACGACGUGCUGCUCUUCCCGGUUCAGAACCAGCUGGUGGCAGUCGUCGUGGGAUGCGCUCUUGGCGCGGCCACCAUGAGCGUGCUGAAAAUGAUGACCUACGGCGACGACUCGGUCGUCGUGGUGGUGAUGGGCGGCACCUACCUCACUUUCUUCCUGCUCGAGUCGGUCAACAGCUCGGGCGUCACCGGCGUCAUCGCGUACACCAUGGUGGUCUCGUCGGAUCGACUCAUCUCCUGUUCGGAGCUUGAAGGCACGCUCGGGUCGUGCUGGUCGGUGAUGUUGGACUGGACCGGAACGCUGUCCACCUUCAUCUGCGCCACGUUCACGGCCUACAUGCUUGUCUACUACCUACGCACGUACAACUGGCAGGACAUAAUGCUUUGCUACAUCGCCAAGAUGAGCAUGCGGUGCCUCGCGGUGUUGAUGAUAUACCCGUUCAUCGGCCACUUCGGCUACCGCAUCACGGCCAAGCAGGCGAUCGUGCUGGCCGGCAUGGGCCUCAAGGGCACCUACAUCGUCUCCCUCGCCACGCUCUACCACAUCACGUACCAGGACAUCCACGACGAAGACCUAACUAAGUCGUUCAUGUACGUCACCUCGGACAUGGUCCUCACGCAGUUCAUAAACGCCUCCCUCGUUCCGUUCCUGCUCAAGAUGCUCGGCAUCCUCGACGUGUCCGAGGUGGAGUGGAACACGAUGAAGGACGCCGUGGCGUACCUGCAGGAAGCGGUGGACGUGGCGGUGCAUAUGAGCCGCCACAACCCGUACUUCCUGGCCGCCGACAAGACCUGGGUCCUGCGCAACACUCGCUUCCGGAACCCGCUCGACGUCGUGCCGCGAUACAAGGCAAGGCUCCCACCGGUCUGGCUUUGCCACCUCUUGACGCGUACUACUUAACUACAUCCCGGCCGCGACGUAUAGAGAGCGUUGUGGGAAGCGCGCUUCUGACCAGGUUCAAGCGCUGCGGUAAUUGCUUUUGGGACCCUCGCCACCAUGGACGUAAGGCCGAACCAAGAUGUUAUGGACUCGCGCCCUUUUCCUCGGGCCCGGACCGCAGGCCACAACUCGGUCCGCGUGCAGCGUCUGUCAAAGAGGAUGAAGUUGGCUCCCGGCCGCGCAGCGCGUGCGAAAAAAAA